AUGUAUUUAUUUCUUGGAAACCAGCCAGCGAUGAUCCAGACAAAGCCGUUCUUCGAUGGAACCGCAGAAGUGAAAAAUGCCGACUUUCGCAAAAUUUGGCCGAUCUUGGGAUCGGGGAAAAACUCAGGAAAAGUCGAGGUGCACUUCGCGCAGAAGAUUCGCAAUGGGGCUGCGAAAUCGCGAAUUCUUCUGCACUCCAGUGUCCAUCCGACCGAGCGACCUUCAAUGGAAGACGACGAUGCAGAAAGUUUCCACCGAGCAAUCGGACCCAUCCUGGCCCUGGCCCAAUGGUUCGGUGUUCUCCCAGUCUGCGGAGUGUGUCUGCCCUCUCCUGAAGACCUCGCCCUGAAGAAGCCCUCCUUGAGGCUCCUUUACUCCGUCAUCAUCAGCUGCGCUUUGCUGAUAGUUGCCUCGGUGUCUUUCCUCCACAUGGUCAGGACCCUCGGAGCCGAAACUUUCCAGGUCCAAGGUGGAGUAGGUGCGGCGACAGCUGGUGCAGUGUUUUACGGGAACGGUGUACUUGGCGCGAUACUCUUCCUAUGGCUCUCCCCACGGUGGAUCCCACUGCAACGACAAUGGAGAGCCAUGGAAAGACUGAUCGACAGUAAACACAAAUCGGUAGAACGUCCCCGACUGCGCUGGAAAUUUUUGGCCAUUGUUCUGUUGGUACUUUUGCCAGCCCUGACGGAGCAUAUCCUGAGUAUUCUGACAAAUACUCCAGAUUAUAUCUGGGAGUCAGGGAAUAGCACGUUCUCUCACUUUCUUCAGGUGUACACCGAGAGGUCCCACUCCUUCUUGCUGACCACAUGGAAAUACGACGAGACCGUAGGGAUAUUCGUGUUCAUCAUUAGCAAGAUCGCCACUUUUAUCUGGAACUUCACCGACUUGUUCAUCAUGCUGGUUUCUACGGGGUUGGCCGAGCGGUACAAGUUCUUGAAUAGGAGAAUUCUUACCAUGCUGCCAAGCAGUUGCGUUGUCGAGGAGUGGGAACAGUUCCGCGAGAAAUACGCGGCUCUGAGCUCUCUUGUGAAGAAGGUGGACGACAACGUGUCGCCGAUCAUCCUUCUGUCCUUUGCCAAUAAUCUCUACUUCAUCUGCCUACAACUGCUGAACGGCCUUUCGCCGUCAGAGUACAGUCUGCUUCACUCAAUGUACUUCUUCGGCUCCUUUGGAUUUCUAGUUGGUAGAACAAUUGCUGUUACUUUGUUAACGGCAAGAAUCAACGACCAAAGUAAAAUGGCACUUCCGGCCCUUUACAAUUGCCCGACGCCGAUGUACCGCGUUGAGACUCAGAGACUACUACAACAACUUGCCACGGAUGAAAUCGCCCUGACUGGUUUGCGGUUUUUCUCCAUCACCAGGAACUUCAUGCUGGCGGUGGCCGGUGCUAUCGCGACGUACGAAGUCGUUUUACUGCAAUUCAACGUCGCCAUGAAAACGUGACGAGAGAUUAAACAAUUAUUGGAACAUACAUCAAGUCUUUUUAUUACAAAUAAGCGCAUUAAACGCGAG